UCGACAACCAGCCAAACGCCCCAAGCCCGCAACCUUUCUUUAUUACCAUCAGCCCUCCACCUCAAAUCCCUUCCAACUCUCUCGAUACCAAGUGAUUGAAUUGUAUCUACCUCAUUUUGAGAGGGAAUUCCCACUGCUCGACAACACAACUGUCGCCACGAUGCCCGGUUUCGACUUCUCGAACUACAACCGCAACGCUGCGCUGCACGCGCGAGGCGUCCCACUUCCGAAAGCCACCAGCACAGGAACCACCAUCGUGGGAUGCAUAUUCGAUGGCGGCGUGGUGAUCGCGGCUGAUACGCGCGCUACAUCGGGUCCCAUCGUUGCCGACAAGAACUGCGAGAAGUUGCACUACAUCGCACCCCAGAUCUGGUGCGCAGGCGCCGGUACCGCCGCCGACACCGAAUUCACGACGGCCCUCAUCUCCUCCAACCUGGAGCUGCACUCCUUAUCGACCGGCCGCAAACCCCGCGUGGUAACUUGUAUGACCCUCUUGAAACAGCACCUGUUCCGACACCAGGGCCACAUCGGCGCAUACCUCGUCGUGGCGGGCGUCGACCCUACUGGCACGCACCUGUUUACGGUGCACGCACACGGCAGCACGGACAAGCUGCCGUACGUGACGAUGGGCUCUGGCUCGCUCGCGGCCAUGAGCGUGUUCGAGUCGAGUUGGAAGGCGGAGCUCACCAAGGAGGAGGCGAUGGAACUGUGCAGCCAGGCCAUCCAGGCAGGUAUCUUCAACGACCUGGGCUCGGGAAGCAACGUGGACGUGGCGGUCAUCACAGCAGACAAGACGACGCUUCACAGAGGCUACGUCAAGCCUAACGAGAGGAGCCAGAAACUCAAGAGCUACAAGUUCCCCAAGGGUACGACGGCGGUGCUGAACGAGAAGGUCAUCAAGAAGGACGAAAUCAUGAAGUUUGUGAGCGUGCACGAGCUGCCGGCUGAGGGUGAGAAGAUGGACGUCGACACAUAGGCAAGGGGACAGAAGCGGUGAUGAUGACAGCCACGGGUGGACGGAUGUGACCACGAACAGAUCAGGUGGGAUGCAUCAAUGGAAGGAUUGCUUCCCACGGCCAAACCCUUUUGUAAAACAACGUUUUGACAAUGAAAUAGAGCCCUGCUAUUUGACGAUUAUUAUAGAG